AUGGCUCAGGACACUACAAUGCCCAAACUGAACUUUGAGUAUUGGUUGGAUAAAGCUGUUGAGUGGGGUCAAGCCACUACUUUGGAAUCACAGAAGGAUGUGUGCCUUCACUUGCCCCAGCUCCAGGAAUUUCUACAUCAGCUUUAUGAAACAAUAAAACAUUUGCAGGUUCCCACUGUAGCAAUCCAGCAGUUCCCUUUAAUUGGACAGCUUCUAGGAAGGCUCUGUUGGAAUCCUUUUGUUAUAGGAUAUGAUGAAAGCCAGAAGACUCUGAUGUGGUGCUUAUGCUGUCUGUACAGCAGCGAACCACAGAAUGCUGUGGAACUGAAGGCCAACGGCUGGAUACGGAGUUUGCUGUGCCAUCUCCUUUCUUCUUCUAAGUGGGAAAGUAAUGAAGCGGAAACCAGUACGUUCAUAUCAGCUCUGGGCUACACGUCAGCAGAUUAUUAUUGUCACUUGGUUAAAAAUAUGGUUGUUUCAUUAGUAACAGAACUCAGGGAAAACCAGUGCAAUGGACUUAACAUGCAGGAGAGCAUUUCAGCCAGUCGUGUGAAUGCUAUUUCCAUUUUCUGUGUGCCUCUCAUUACUUUGCCUGAUCUAACUCCAUUGCUGGAAACUCUCCUUCUUUACCACGGAGGGUCAUCAAAAGAAAUUCUCAGUUUGGAGUUUCUAGAGGCUGUGAAUGAGGCCUUUUUAAAGAAGAAGAUCUCCCUUCCUGAAUCAGCUGUCUUCAGCCUUUGGCUUCGUCACUUACCAAGCCUUGAAAAGGCUGCCUUACAUCUUUUAGACCAGUUGUUUUCCAUUCGGUGGAAUUCACUGGAAGAAGUGGCUCGUGUCAUGAAAGACUCAUUGCUGCCACAAGCAGCAAGCCAUCCUGCUAUUUUCAGAAUUGUAAAUGAAAUUUUCAAGAAUGCACUGAUGGAAACUGAUGGAACCCCAGAAGUUAUGACGAUUAUACAGGUGUUUACACAGCUCUUCCUUCAGGCUUAUCAGAAUAAAAACAAACAGUAUGAAUUUCCACUGAAGGCCUACUUCCCACACCAUCACCAGCCUCUUGUUAGAAGUUUAGUCAGACAUCCUCUUGAACUCCCAACUACGUAUUGGUCUCAUCACGUGAAACACAUUUCGGAUAUGCUCAAAGCAAUAGUAGAAGAUACAAAUGUUAGUUCUCUCAGUGACCUCUUUGAAAUCUGGUUUUUGGUUGCUUGUUUUGGAGAAUGGCUGGAUAUUGCAGCAGAACAAUUACUGAAGGCUGCUGUAGAACCAGAUCCUGUGCUGUGGCUGCUGGCAUUUUACUACUGUCCUAAGAAUGAAAAUCAACAAAGGACUCAAACAAUGAUAGAAGCCCAAGCAGUCUACAACCAUCUAAUGACACUGUUCAGCUGCAGGGACCUUUCUCUCAAAGACCUGGAGGCUGCUGUGCACAGGGUAACAGGUGUAGAGCAGUGUUGUAACCAGCAACUCUCAACACAUCUUCUGACCAACUUCUUGCUCUUUUCCUCUGGUGGACAUAAGAUUGCCCAGGAAUGUAUUCACCAUAUUACUGAGAUGACUGAUACAAGCAAAGAAGUUUAUAACCUUCUUAUCCGUACUGCUUACAGAUUUAACCAUAGUGGAGAAGAAAACCAAAGGACUUUGAAACUGAUGGAUGAACUUCUUCAAAAAUUUACAUGGAAAGUUUAGAAUUUCAAUAUGAUCUAUUUAUCAAACCAACAAGUCAGGUCUUUAUCCAGGUGUCAAACUUCCAUUAGCAUCUAGUGCUGCAGAUUAUCAGUGGCAGAAAGAUACCUAUAUAAGCUAUAGCUGCUAAUUUAUAUUCCCUUAUCUAUACUGAAAAAUAAUCUGUUGUUUGGAAUUGCUAAUCUUUUGAAACAUUGUAGUAAAUAUUAAAGAUGCAUGAAAAUUUUGUUCUGAAUACCUUCUGUAACAAGAGACCUACAUCAUUUAAAGUAGUUUGCUCAUCUCCUUGUUGUUUAUCUGGCUGAGGAUCAGUUUUUCUCCCAAAUUACUCAUGUGGGUUUUUUUUAAGUAAGUAAUAUCCCAUUGCUUGAUUGGUAAGUUGUUACUGAAGUGUUUUGUUCUGUGCUUCUGCUUUGCUGAAACUAAUGAUGAUCUCAAGUGAUUCAUAGUGUUCUCAGGAAAUCAGUGAGUGAUAUUUCCUGAACUCUUUCCUUCUUUUUGAAAAUGUUUCCAAUAUGAAACUCUUCCCAGAUUUGCUAAAUGUGGGUUUUUUUCAAUACUGCAGCUUUCACAGCACAGUGUUCUCCUCUAAGUACUAGACCAAUAGCUGGUCUUUGUCAAAAGAUACUACAGGCAUAAAAUUGCUUGCAGUACAGCCCACUUAACAGUGUGCCAUCACUGAUGCUAUUAUUUAUUCACUUAAGACAUAUGGGGCUUUUAUUCAGACAAAAGAGGGCAAGCAAAGCAGAGACACAGGGACAUCUUCCAGUUCAAAAGGACAGAUUUCCUAUAAAGGUUGCAACUCAUUGCCUUCAUUUUUGUGUCCAGCAGUAAUUUGCUUACUUCUUUGUUUAGGUUUUUUGAGUCCUGCAAGGAGCAUAGGUAGGUAGCAAUGGCUUAUGUUUUUUAUUCUUAGGAAGGUAUUUAUCCCUAGAAGUUUUGUGAACCUGUCUCUAGCUUAACUAUAAAAAUUACCAUGGAGAAUAGUAGUGACAGCGCAUCCUAGCUUUCCUCCAUAAUUUGUUCCCCUGUAUUACUUUUCUGUAAUGCCAAUGCCUGUGCUAUGCUACUCAAAGAUGCUACUUGGAAUUCUAGUCUUGCAUAUAAAAUCCAAGCAUGUAUCUUGAAUUAAUAAAGCUUCUUGAAUGUAGCAUUUAUUUUGAGCAAGGGGAAAGAAAAACAGUGUACUUAAUGUCCUUUGGCUGUAAGAAGUGGAAAGAUAUUUUCUGUUAUGCUGUUAACUGAUUUCUUACAAUUUUGUUCCCAGUGAGUCAUAUUACGGAAGUUACAUGCCCUCUCAGUCAGUUUGCUAGUGAAAAAAUAGCAAAUUCAUAAUGUAGGUCUGCAAAGAAAGGAUUUUUUUUCUCUUUUUUGAUUAAAAAAUAUUUUUAAAUGAAAAUUCAGAAGGAAAUAAGUAGCAAUUUUUCUGUUGUUAAAUAGCCACAUGUAUCUAAAAAAGUAAAAUCAAGCAACCCAGUUUUCUGUUCCCUGAAUACCAUAACUAAAAAGCAUGGGAUGAAACCAAAUUGCUUUUUGGUCACAAACUCGGAGGUAUUCGUCUAGUGAAAACAGAUGUGGAAUGCUCUAUUUAGAAUGAUAAAUAAUCUAAAAUUUUAACUAAAAGGAAGAAAGAUUUUUUUGUUUGUGUGGUUUUUGGGGUUUUUUUUUGUUGUUUUUUUUUGGUUUAAUGUCUAAUCUGGUUGUUGGA